ACGUCGCUGUCAGUCUACUGGCUGCUGCACUUCCUUGUUUAUCUUCUUGUCCACGGCCAACAGAGCUGCGGAAAUUAUCAUUAUUGCAGUUAAUGGCGCGAUAAGCAGCGAUAUAAUACGCACAGCUGUCAAUCAAGGCGACAUAUUUGAAGCUGUCGUGUAGUGUGCUCGCUCUCCGCGCGGCUUUAGAGGAUUAAAGAGCGAUGAUGGCGGCCAGCUAUAACGCGAAGGAUGAGGACGCGGUGGGCUCCGGCGGCCCGGGCGCCGUCAAGAGCAAGAAGCCCGAUAACACGGCCUUUAAACAGCAACGUCUGCCCGCCUGGCAGCCCAUUCUGACCGCGGGCACCGUCCUGCCCGCCUUCUUCAUGAUCGGACUCAUCUUCAUCCCCAUCGGCAUCGGACUCCUCGUCACCUCUAACAACAUCAAAGAGUUUGAGAUCGACUACACUGGUGUGGACAUGUUCAGUCCGUGUUUCAACUGCUCGCAGAACUACAGCUGGAACAGCACUAGUGCGUGUACCUGCUCUGUGCCCUUCAGCCUAGACCAGCCUUUCGAGAGUAAUGUUUUUAUGUACUAUGGACUCUCCAACUUCUAUCAAAACCAUAGACGUUAUGUCAAAUCAAGAGAUGAUAGUCAGCUGAAUGGAGAUAAAAGCUCUUUACUGAACCCAAGUAAAGAGUGUGAACCCUAUCGAACGAGUGAUAAGAAGUCCAUUGCUCCCUGUGGUGCCAUUGCUAACAGUCUCUUCAAUGAUACUUUGGAGCUGUGUUAUAUCCAUCCAAACGGAAGCAGAAUAACUAUUCAUCUGGUGAAGACGGGCAUUGCUUGGUGGACUGACAAGCAUGUGAAGUUCAGAAACCCAGGAGGAAACAACAACAACCUCUCCAUUGUGUUCCAAGAAACAAGUAAACCGGUAAACUGGCACAAACCCGUUUACGAGCUGGACCCGUCUGAUCCAGAGAACAACGGGUUCAUCAAUGAGGAUUUCAUCGUGUGGAUGAGAACCGCUGCUCUCCCCACCUUCAGAAAACUCUACCGCAUCAUUCAGAAGAAGAAGGAUAACAUGACCCCGACACUACCGCCAGGAAACUACAGCCUGGAAGUGACCUACAAUUACCCAGUGCGCAGCUUUGAUGGCCGCAAGCGCAUGAUCCUCAGCACGAUUUCCUGGAUGGGAGGGAAGAACCCUUUCCUGGGCAUUGCCUACAUCACAGUGGGCUCCGUGUGUUUCUUCCUGGGAGUGGUGCUACUGAUCAUCCACCAUAAAUACGGCAACCGCAACAACAAUGCUGACAUUCCUAAUUAACUGCGUAAUUAUCAGCAAACCGCAGUCUGUACACUGACACGAGAUUACAGUCUGGUCUAUCUGUCAUAUAUCUCAUGCUGCUGUACACACACAGGUGCCCAGAGGGACUACUUGCAAACUUAUUGUGUAUGCACUGGAAGUUUUCAAUGAGCUGUUUUAAGCGUUUAUUUCAUCCACACCAAAGCUUUAUAUUUUAUGAUCUUUCUACAUUAAGUAUUUUCGAGUAACUGAAUCAUGUGUAGUCAUAUAGUAUGACUGUAUUUAAACGAGUCCUACCACAAAAACAUGUCCAGGCCAUAUUUUACCCCAAAAUAAUAAUAAUGACGUUUUAUAUAUUGCGUAUGUAUAUUUGAUUUUGAGGUUAAAUAUGUUUUUGACAGGUUUUGUGAGAUUCAUCCUUUUGGGGAUUAUUGCUAAUGGUAUGGUACGAUCACAACAGUCGUGUAUUUUUAAUCCGUGAUUUAUUAAUAUGAGAAUGCAUUAUUUCUGAUAGUUUGACUCAUGCAUAUCAGCAAGGACUGUGUUACUGUAUUUUUUGAAAUGCUAAACUGUGAGCAUCUAGAUAUGCUUAAAGCUAAUGUUCAUUUAUUAUUAUUAUUUUAGUUACUUCUUUGAAAAACUUGUUCUGUGCAAUGUGUAUUUAAAACUUGCAACUGCUAAGAAAUCCUUUAUCCAGCUCCUGUCUGUUGUUGAGCCAUGUACUCAAGAGUUGUGUGAUAAUAAACUACAAACGCAUGAGUGCUGAGAUGUGCUGUGGUGCUUUUAGGACUUACACCUGCCUCGGGACUGGAGGUCAAGUACAAACGUCUGGUGUCUGGCCUGUAGUUCACUGCAGGAAAAAAAAUAAAAUAUAAG